AGACACCAGUGGUCGGGCUUAUCCAAUCUCAACUACUUUGAAUUUGAAAAUAAAUACUCACCAAUUUUUGACAUUUCAGCUACUGUUCAUCGCUAUUCGCUACAUAAAGAGAGAAUUUUUUUUUAAUUCAAUUUCUCACGGCCCCUCUCUCUCUCCCCUUUCUUUCUUCGUCCGACUCAGUCUGUCCCUCUUCGUCAUACAACAAUCACCACCAAAUAGGCGGAGUUUCUGGUGGGCGACGGCGAUGGUGGUGAUUGUGCAGUCAGAUCUGGUGUUUUAAGUGGUGUUGCGAUCUGGGUUCUUUGUGGAAGUUGAAAGGAGCAGCGAAUAAUAAUAAUAAUGUCAGACAAUUUACCCGAACUCUGCAGAUCUUUCACUGAAGAAGCGAUCAUGUGUGACUCUCACUCUCUGCCUCCAGAAAUCCUCCUCGAUAUUAUCAUGCGACUACCCAUCAAAUCCAUCAUAACUUGCACCUCUGUUUGCAAAACAUGGAAAUCUCUAAUCCAAAACCCUUCUUUCAUUUCCGAUCAUCUCCGCCAUUCCACCACCAAAUACCUCCUUUUCAGCCUCUACUCUAAGACCGCCUGGCAAGUAUAUAGAAUCCCCCACGAACAAGGAAAAGAGCACUACGCUUUGCAUUGGGACGACAACCGAGAUUUCAAUGAAUACACCAAGUUUUACUUCCCUCUUCUCCAUGGUCAGGAGAGAUUCCGUGUGGUGGGUUCUUGUGACGGCCUCAUCUGCCUUGCCAAUGAUAUAUGUUGCGACACUUUCAUCAUCUGGAACCCUUGCAUCAGAAAGUUCGUCCAAGUGAGUAAACCUCUACCUCUACCCAAUAUCCCACCAUUCAGAUACAGUGUUUCUGUUGGGUUUGGAAUUGAUUCCAAAACCAGUGAUUAUAAGGUGGCGAGGAUUCUGAGUUUUCGAGAUAGAAAAAGCGCGUCUCCACCCAAGCUUGAGGUUGAGGUUUACUCACUUGCCACUGCUGAAUGGAAAACGCUUACUACAGCCUUGCCUCCCACAAGUACUGAAUGCUAUGGUAACCCACAUGCUUCUUCUGUCAAUGGGGCUCUGCAUUGGGUUGCUUCCAGAAGAACUAAAGACAAUAUGCUUAUCAAGUUUGUUAUGGUACUCGAUUUGGAGGAUGAGGUUUUCAGUGAGAUAGCGAUGCCGAAAUUUGCCGAAAAUGAACGUAAUUUGCCCUCAACUAUUUCAGCAUAUGGGAAUUCCCUUGCCUUGUAUCAAGAGGUUUCUAUGAACUAUCUCAAUAUAUGGCUGAUGAAGGAGUAUGGGAAUGCGUCCUCGUGGACCAAAAUUGUAAUUUUGGCUGAUCAAGGUCCCAGAUAUUACAGACCAAGUGCAAAAGGUUUUAGGAAGAGUGGUGAGGUUAUAUUGAAAAUGAAUGACACAAAAUUCAUCUCGCGAGACCUUGAGACCCAAGAGAUUAAAGAUAUUGGGAAUGCUGGAUAUUAUCAUACUUAUGUUGAUUAUUAUGUUGAGAGUCUAGUUUUGAAUGACAAAAAAUCCCAACUGUGCAGUUACUGAGAAAAAUUAAAGAGGAACAACAAUAGGCAAGGUGCAGUUGUUUGCUUUGUUAGAUUAAUUUAACUCAGAUUUCAAGGCUUAUAGUGAGACAUCUUCUCAACGAGGGGAAAUCAUGAUAGCGUUUAAAGCUCUCAACUGUGGCCCUGUUGACACUGAUAAGCUUUAUGCAGUGGUGAUGGCAACAGAAGCUUUUGAUGAGCAGAUGCUUGCAACUACAUAUGAUCAUUUGGUUUAUGAUGAAUUAGCAGGAAGAUUCUUUUGGGUUUAAAAUGCUAAACUGUGAAAAUUUUGGGUAGAGAACUUUUUCACCAAAAAUGGCGGUCACCAAACUUCGUUAAGCAUUAUGAAACAAUGUUAAUGGUAGUAUUAUGGCUAUAUAUUAGGGAACAAUGUGUCUUUUGAAUAUACUUGGAUGGUGGUAGUAUUUUGGAUGGUUAUGUGUUAAACCAGGAUGGGAAUGGUAUAAUGGUUGUGUUAUGGAAGAAUUUUAAGUGUUUGGAUGAUUAUGAAUUAUAACUUAGAUGGUGGUGGUAUUAUUGUUA